AUGGCAAGAAUGGCUCAAGAACCACUCAUUGUUGGUAGAGUGAUAGGUGAAGUUCUUGAUUCCUUUACCACAAGCAUGAAAAUGACUGUAAGUUACAACAAGAAACAAGUCUUCAAUGGCCAUGAGUUUUUCCCUUCCACCAUCAACACCAAACCCAAAGUUGAGAUUGAUGGUCCUGACAUGAGAUCCUUCUACACACUGGUGAUGACAGACCCUGAUGUUCCUGGCCCUAGUGAUCCUUAUCUCAGAGAACACUUGCACUGGAUUGUGACAGAUAUUCCAGGAACAACAGAUGCUACAUUCGGGAAAGAGAUAGUUAGCUAUGAAAUUCCAAAGCCAAAUAUAGGAAUACACAGGUUUGUGUUUGUUCUAUUCAAACAAAAAGCCAGAGAUUCAGUGCGAACAACACCCUCUUCAAGAGACCAUUUCAACACUCGUAACUUUGCUUCACAGAACGAUCUUGGUCUUCCUGUUGCUGCUGUUUACUUCAAUGCUCAGAGAGAAACCGCUGCAAGAAGACGCUAG